AUGGCUUCCACGACGACUCCCCUAGGGCUCCUCACCUACGCCCUCGCCCUCGCCCUCGCCAUUGCCCUCUCUUCGACCGCGCGGGCGGCCCCUUACGGUGGCGGCAGCCGGCCCAAGCCAAACUACGCGCGUGCCAAUGCCGUCAAGCGGGCGUUUGAGACUUCGUGGAACGGCUACCACGAGCAUGCCUUUCCGCACGAUACCCUGCGUCCCGUGAGCGGCACCUUUGAGGAUGACAGGAACGGCUGGGGCGUGACGGUUGUCGAUGCGCUGAGCACGGCCAUCAUCAUGGGUGAGGGGCGCAUGAUCAACCAGAUGCUCGACCACAUCGCCGGCAUCAACUUUACGACGACGCAGCGGGCCGACGACGGCAUCUCGCUUUUCGAGAGCAACAUCCGGUACCUCGGCGGCCUGAUUUCCGGUUACGACAUGCUCCGGGGCCCCAUGCGCUCCCUUGUCGGCGAUGCGAGCAAGGUCGACGCCCUCCUCGCCCAAGCGGUCCGCCUCGCCGACAGUCUCAGCGUCGCCUUCGACACGCCCAGCGGCAUUCCGGACCCGACCGUGUUCCUCCGGCCGACGCGGCGCCACAGCGGCACCUCGUCCAACAACAUCGCCGAGGUCGGCACCCUCGUGCUCGAGUGGACGCGCCUCAGCGACCUCAGCGGCGAGCCCCGGUACGCCGCUCUCGCGCAAAAGGCCGAGUCGUACCUGCUGCGUCCCACCGGCAGCCCCGAGGCGUGGCCGGGCCUCGUCGGCGGCGAUGUCUCCACCCGGGACGGAACCUUUCUCAACAGCAACGGCGGCUGGUCCGGCGGCACCGACAGCUUCUACGAGUACCUCAUCAAGAUGUACCAGUACGAUCCGCGGGCCUUUGCCUUUUACAAGGAACGCUGGGUGCUCGCCGCCGAAUCGACCAUGGCCCAUCUAGCCUCGCACCCGACGGGGCGCCCGGACCUGACGUACCUCUCGCAGUUUGCCGGCCAGCAGACGGACCCCGUCUCGACUCACUUGGCGAGCUUCGCUGGCGGCAACUUCAUCCUAGGUGGUGUCCUCCUCGGCAACGACACGUUUGUCCAGUUCGGCCUCGCCCUCGCGCGCUCGUACUUCAACAACUACCUGCACACGCCCGCCGGCAUCGGGCCCGAGGUGUUUCGCUGGGUCGACGCGGCGCUGCCGGCGGAUGCCUCGCGCAACGAGCCCCCGCCAGCCAGCCAAAAGGACUUUUACGCCCGUGCCGGCUUCUACACGACGGCGGGCGCCUACAUCCUGCGGCCCGAGACGGUCGAGAGCAUCUACUACGCCUACCGCCUCACGGGCGACCCGACCUGGCAGGACAUGGCCUGGCAGGCCUUCCAGUCCAUCACGGCCGUCUGCGGCACCGGCAGCGCCUACGCCCAGCUCAACGACGUCAUGAAGCCCGACGGCGGCGGCUUCAUCGAUCAGAUGCAGAGCUUUUGGAUGGCCGAGACGCUCAAGUACCUGUACCUCAUCUUCGCGCCCGAGUCUGACGUCCAGCUGCAGCUGCAGGGCGCCGGCACGAGCCAGUUUGUCUUCAACACCGAAGCCCACCCGAUACGCGUGCGGGAGGAGGGCCCUAGAUACGACGAAUAUCUAUGA